AUGGAGCAGCGGGAGGAUAGUAGCAGUAGUCGCAUUAAUGCGCAGCUGACGAAGAAGGCACGCCGCACGAUGGGACACAAUGUGCAGGUGGCGGUCGCCACACUCAACCAGUGGGCGAUGGACUUCCAGGGUAAUCUCGAGCGCAUCCUGCUUUCGAUCAAUAUUGCCGCGGCACAUGGCGCCACCUAUCGGACCGGACCGGAGCUGGAGGUUAGUGGAUACAGCUGUGAGGAUCACUUCCACGAGCCGGACACGUAUCUGCACUGCUGGGAGGCACUGGUCGAGCUCGUGCAGGCACCGGUUGCGCAGGGUAUGCUGAUCGACGUCGGCAUGCCGGUCCAGCAUCGUAACGUCGCAUACAACUGCCGGGUCGCAUUCUACAAUGGGCGCAUCGUGCUGAUCCGCCCGAAGAUGAUCAUGUGCGACGAUGGCAACUAUCGCGAAACACGCUGGUUUUCGCCGUGGACGAAGGAACGCCAGACGGAGGACUACCAGCUGCCCCGGUUUGUCGCGUUGGCACUCGGCCAGGACGCGGUUCCGAUCGGUGACGCGGUCAUCGCCACGCUCGACACCUGCCUCGGCUACGAAAUCUGCGAGGAGCUGUGGAAUCCGCGCAGCAAACACAUCGACAUGUCGCUCGCGGGCGUCGAGAUCAUUGUGAACGGGUCCGGUAGCUAUAUGCAGCUGCGCAAGGCCCACAUCACGACCGAUCUGAUCCGGAACGCGAGCUACAAGGCGGGCGGCGCCUAUCUGUUUAGCAACCUGCGCGGUUGCGAUGGGCAGCGGGUGUACUUUAACGGCUGUUCGGCGGUCGCACUGAACGGGGCGAUCAUUGCCCGCGGUCGUCAGUUUGCGCUCAGCGAAGUGGACGUUACGGUGGCGUCGUUCGAUCUGCAGGAUAUCCGUGCGUACCGCGGUGCGUUGCGGUCUCGCAGCUCACUGGCCGCCUCGGCACCGAACUACCCGCGGGUGCAGCUCCAGCUCGAGCUGGCCUCAUCCGAUCGGGACCAUCCGGGCACGCCGGCGAGCAGUCCGCUCGGCGAGUGGGUCUACCAUCGACCGGAGGAGGAGAUAGCGCUCGGUCCGGCCUGCUGGCUUUGGGACUAUCUGCGCCGUUCGGGGCAGGGUGGGUUCUUUCUGCCGCUGAGCGGUGGCGUCGACUCGAGCAGCACCGCCAUCAUCGUGUACUCGAUGUGCCGGCUGGUGGUGGAAGCGAUCCAACAGGGCGACCGCCAGGUACGGGACGACUGCCGGAAGAUACUGGCCAAUCCGACCUAUCUGCCAGCGAACCCGGCGGACCUGUGCGGCCGGUUGCUGUUCACCUGCUACAUGGGUACGGAGAAUUCCAGCCGGGAAACAAGGGCCCGUGCGGCAACGCUGGCCGAUCAGAUCGGUAGCUCCCAUCUGGACAUUGGUAUCGACGGUGCGGUCAGUGCGCUGCUCGCCAUCUUCCAGCUGGCGACCGGGAUGAGGCCCCGUUUCCGUGCGGCCGGCGGUUGCCCACGGCAGAAUCUCGCCCUGCAAAACAUCCAGGCCCGUACGCGCAUGGUGCUGUCGUAUCUGUUCGCGCAGCUGAUGCUGUGGGUGAAGCUACGGCCCGGAGGAUUGCUGGUGCUCGGGUCGGCAAACGUGGACGAGGCACUGCGCGGGUACAUGACGAAGUACGAUUGCUCCUCGGCAGACAUCAACCCGAUCGGGGGCAUCUCAAAGGUGGACCUGAGGCGGUUCCUUGCCUACGCACAGAUCGAGUAUGGGUUGCCGGUGGUGGCGGAUAUAGUGGCGGCACCACCGACCGCCGAGCUCGAACCGCUGGUGGAUGGGGCGAUCGCGCAGACGGAUGAGGAGGAUAUGGGACUGACGUACCAGGAGCUGAGCGAGUUUGGCCGGCUGCGGAAACAGGCGUUCUGCGGCCCGUUCAGCAUGUUCUGCAAGCUGGCGGCAGCCGCCGUUGCGGAUGGGAACCGUGAUCCGAAGGAUGUGGCCGACCGGGUGAAACACUUCUUCCGCUGCUAUGCGAUCAACCGGCACAAGAUGACGGUGCUGACACCUUCGUAUCAUGCGGAAUCGUACAGCCCGGACGAUAAUCGGUUCGAUCACCGACCGUUCCUGUACCGGGCGAACUGGACGUGGCAGUUCCGGGCGAUCGAUGCGGAGUUGGAGCUGCUGGCCAAACAUCAGGCACGCGUCGAGGAGGACCGGACGCGACCGGACGUGGCAACGCACCACACCGCCAAUGCGCCCUCCACUGUCGGCAACGAAGCGUUACUCUUCACCGGUGGCGGAGUAGGUGGCGGAGCUGGUGACGGAGUAGGAGUUGCGAUCGGUAUGAGCGGUGCGGUCAGUGCCCAUCAGCUGGUGCGCCAAUCGAGCGGGCUAUAUCUGGCCGGCGUUGGCGGUGGCGGAGGUGUUGGCGGUGACGGCACGGUCGGGCAGCUCACCGUGGGACUCACCAAGUCACACAGCAGCGGAGGCUACAGUCGCAUGCAUUCCAGUGUGCUGGGCAAAAUCAAGGACCGUACCGGUGUGCCUGUAUAA